AUGGAGACGCCUCAAGAGGUCGUCUUAAGAACUUUACAAGAUUUGAGAGCUGAGGACUUUCAAACAUUCCAGUGGUACCUGCAGCAGAAAGGGGCCCUUGAAGACUUCCCAGCAAUCCCAAAGAGCGAACUUGAGAAUGCAAACAGGGUGAAGACAGUGGACCAGAUGUUAUCGACCUACAGUAUGAACACUAUUAAAGUGACCAGAAUAGUUUUAGUGAAGAUGAAUCAGAAUGAGCUAGUGAAGAAUUUAUCAAACACCAUCUCAGAACCUGCAGUUCUGGAGGACAUGUCGAAGACCAGAGAGGAAGGAGAGCUGCCCAAGACCCUGACUGAGAUGUACAUCCACUUCCUGGUGGUUCAGUCCAAACGGAAGAAAGUCAAGUAUGAUGGAGGAGCCGAGAAGGAUCCACAUUGGAGUCCAGACACCAGGAAGAUGAUCAAGUCUCUGGGAAAACUGGCUUUUGAGCAGCUGCAAAAAGGCUACCUGAUCUUCUAUGAAUCAGACCUGACAGAGUGUGGCAUCGACAUCACAGCAGCCUCAGUGUACUCAGGAGUGUUCACACAGAUCUUUAAAGAGGAGAGAGGACUGUACCAGGACAAUGUGUUCUGCUUCGUCCAUCUGAGUGUUCACGAGUUUCUGGCUGCUCUUCAUGUCCAUCUGACAUUCACCAACUCUGGAAUCAAUCUGCUAUUGGAGAAACGGAAACCCACCUGGUUGUGUAACGUUUUCAGAGACAAAUCAGCUCAGUUCUACCAGAGAGCUGUUGCCAAGGCCAUACAGAGUCCAAAUGGACACCUGGACUUAUUCCUCCGCUUCCUCCUAGGUCUUUCACUGGAGACCAAUCAGACUCUCCUACGAGGUCUGCUGAAACAGACAGGAAGUAUGUCAGAGACAAACAAGAAAACAGUUGAGUACAUCAAAAAGAAGAUCAGAGAGAAUCUGUCUGCAGAGCGAAGCAUCAAUCUGUUUCACUGUCUGAAUGAACUAAAUGAUGGUUCUCUAGUGGAGGAGAUCCAACAGUCCCUGAGAUCAGGAAGUCUCUCCACAGAUAAACUGUCUCCUGCUCAGUGGUCAGCUCUGGUCUUCAUUUUGCUGUCAUCAGAGAAAGAUCUGGACGUGUUUGACCUGAAGAAAUACUCCACUUCAGAGAAUGCUCUUCUGAGGCUGCUGCCCGUGGUCAAAGCCUCCAACAAAGCUCUGUACGUGCACACACAACUAUCCAGAUGAAAUAUAGUUUUUCUUCUUCCUGACAACGUUUUCUUGUAAUUAUUUUCUUAUGUGUUGCUGAUUCCUCUUCAGACUGAGUGGCUGUAACCUGUCAGAGAGAAGCUGUGAAGCUUUGUCCUCAGUUCUCAGCUCCCAGUCCUCUAGUCUGAGAGAGCUGGACCUGAGUAACAACGACCUGCAGGACUCAGGAGUGAAGCUGGUGUCUGAUGGACUGAGGAGUUCACACUGCAGACU